AUGUUUGGGUAUGUAUCUCUUUCUGGUUUCUUUAUAAGAACAGAUUUCCGCUUUUUUGAAACUAUGGAGGAAAUUGCCAAAGAUGACUUGAACGGGCCUGCCACAUCAACGCCCGAAAAGUUGAAUGGCAAGUUCAAACUGGAUUUGAGUGAGGUGUCUAAAAAUGUGGUAAACUUAACCCCGAAGGGGGAUCACAAUUCUCCAGGAUACCAAGAUAAAAAGUACCCAGAUCCUGUCAUGAAUGUUCCAAAUCAAGGUGACACUUUUUAUUCUGAAUCACUAAAUAGGUUAAGAAUGCUGGAUCAAAGCACAAACUAUCAUAUAGACAAAAAUGACAUUGAAGAUCAUGAUUUAACUCCACUUUUCAAGAAACUUCCUUCUAAUAAAUUUCAGAUAAGUUCGUCUACACCAAUAAACGAAAAAGUGGUUGGCGAUCCGAAUUACAAAGAAAUAAAGUUUAGUAAAGGAACAAGAAAUAUCUUUAAUUUGAGCCCCGAUAUAGAAACUAUGAAAACAAAUGUUAAUAUAAGUUCAAUUAGUAGCUCUAAUCCUGUCAAAUGUGCAUUCAAUGUAUUCGAUAAAAAAAAUGUUUCUUUUUCAUCUAGAAACUCAUCAUUUGCUUCGAAGUGUUUGCAUAAACCAAGGAAAAGACCUAAAAAAUCAGAAAAUUCUAGCUUCUCCGAUAUGUUCGAAACUCAUACCAGUACCCAAGAAAGAAACCACCUUGCUACCAGCUAUAGUCAAAGUCAAAAAAUCAAUACGACGGGAAUUAAUAGCAGCACAUCCCACUCGUUUAAUGGUAAUAAGAUUUCCUUUUAUGAAUUUGUACAAUCCCUUGUGUCUGAUCCUGAACGUAUUGCAAAUUUCACUUUAAUUCUACAGGUAACUUUAAAUGUGAUUCUGGUUCUUAUAUUUCUUGGAUUUGGCGCAUUCGCAUUUAUAGCUAUAAAACGUGACGUUGACAGGAAAAUUUCAAUCUAUGUCAGUGAUGUGCUUCAUCAAAUAAAUUCAUGCCGAAGAGAGUAUUUGAGGAAUAACUGCGCACCAGAAAUGAGAGUUCCUGCGUUAGAAUAUAAAUGCAAUCAGUGGGAUGCCUGCAUGGAACAAGACCCAGAAUCAGUGAUUACAUCAAUGGCAUAUUUUGAGGUUUUGGCUGAUUGCAUGAAUGCGUUUUUCCAUAAUAUUACGUUGAAAUCUUUGCUGGGCAUCGGGUGUUUAACACUAUUUUGCGUUGUUGCACCUAAUAUUAUUUUUUCGAAAUUUAGAUCAACAACUAUCAAUAGUGCUCAAUAUACACCAGAGAGAAUAAAUUCUGAUGAGAUACUUGCCGUGAAACAAGGACCGAAUAAACCACCUCUUCAUACCCCAAUUUCAGAGAGUGAUCGAAUACAUGACGCCGGAAAUUCCAAUGUUGCGAGCAACCGUAAACAAUUGACAGGCACUUCGGUGAGAUUUAAUCCUAAUAUUAGUUACAGUUUCUAUGAUCUUGAUAAUGACGAAAAGAAUCAGAGUGAUUUGAAAAAUGAGAUCGUAGAAAGUGAAGAAGAUGAUGACAGCCUCCCAGGGAACCAGAGAAUACUGAUGGGCGCAUAA